GAAAGACAGAAAACAACAGAUAUAGAAACACUUCAGCUGACUGAACCAAGCAAGCCAAGUCGAGGUUGUGCCACGUGUAAGAAGCGAAAGAUCAAAGUGGGUAAGCAGGAUUCCGUUUAUUAUGCAAGUCACUCACAGAAAUAUAGNUGCGAUGAAGGUCGACCAACAUGCACACAAUGUGAGAAGAGCUCGCGAGUAUGUUUGGGCUACAAGGAUGAAGCAGACUAUAUCUUCCGGAACCAGACAGAGAAAGUGACCGGUAGAGUCACAAAAGCAAGAAAGCCGCGAGCAUCCAGAUCUCCUGAUUCGACAAGUAGCAAGAACGGAACUGCGAUAGCACGUGCAAAGGCCGAUAAGACAGAUGUCUCGACCGAUAUGCCAAUCACCUUCAUCGACUCUCAUCUAGGGUUAAGUCCGCACAACCAGAUAAUGCUCAGGCAGGGGCUCUCACAAAUGGGACUUGCAGCCAGGACGACUAUCUGUCAGCAGCCUACCUUCUCUAUAGAAGAAGAAGUCGUCCAGGUGUACUUUAGAAACUUUGCUCGACUGUACAGAACUCAAGAUACCGUCAGUGGAUUCCUUCCCUUCCUGGCUCCAAUGUACAGCAAUGCUGCAAAGGGCUCGUUGCUACAGACUGCUACUCACGCAGCAGCACUGUGUGCUAUUUCUCAAUUACCGAAUCAGGAGCAUUUGCAUUACCGCGCAGCCGAUACUUAUGGCAAGGCUAUGCGGAUUGCUGCUGGGGCCCUCCAAGAUCCAAUGCAAGCAACAUCAGACGAGACUUUGCAAGCAACUUUGUUAUUGUCUCUUUACGAGAACGAGCAAAGUCUGGCGCUCUUCCGCGCAGCGAGAACUCUUGUGCUCAUCAACUGCAUAAGACAAGGCAAGCCUAGCAAACAGCUCGAGGCAGGGAUGAACUGGCUAUGCGAUACAACCGAGGAUGAUCCACUGGCCUAUCUCACUCACUGUACCAUCGAGCUUCCGUCGUUGAUGGAAAAGACCCGACGUGUCUGUGAGCGACAACGGGAUGCCGAGAGCAUGGCAGACAUGGAAGUGCUGAUGGAACGAGCCUGUCAUCUGGAAGCGACCAUGCAAAACUGGGCGGCAUCGUUGUCUGAUGAAUGGCUACCUUAUACGAUCGACUACAUACCAGAGAAGCCAGCAGACCCUCUUAACGCGGAUGCCUGGGUAGGCCCUGUUCACGCCUUCGUCGACGGACACAAGGCUGGCGUGCUGAACAAGCUACACUCGUGCCACAUGCUGUGUGCGCAGGUGAUUCUGAACGGACUUGAAUGGCUUCGACCAUAUGACUAUCCAAUGGAUGACCGCUACAUCCAUACGCGGUGGAUCGAACAACGCACUGUCGACGACAUUUGCUCGAGUGUUCCAUUCUUGUUGGGAAUGGGAAAGCAGGCAGUACGAACACCGGAUCAGAUGGACACGAUAGUCGAUUUGAUAGGUGGUUACUCGCUAAUCUGGCCUCUCCACGCAGCCUCAAGUUGCCCACGGAUAUCAAAGGACCAGUGGCUGUAUAUCUAUGGCCGUCUUGCCAAGAUAGCAAAAGAGUGUGGAUUGGAGCAGGCUCUCCUCAUCUCGUCUGAUCGCAAAGACAAGUUUGUGCCUGGCACAUGA